UUUUCUCUCCACACCAUGAGGGGAAGUCAGCUGCCCAGUCCAGUCUUGAUUCUGCUCUUCCUGCUCCUUCCCAGAGAUGCUUCAGCUACUUCAAAACCGCAGUACCUGGUGGUGGUCCCAUCAAAGCUGUACACGGGGGUUCCUGAGAAGGCCUGUGUCAUGCUCAAUCACCUGAAUGAGACAGUGACACUUAAUGUAAUUCUGGAGUAUGGAACGCACAGCAAGGCCCUCCUUACAGACCUGGUGGCAGAGAAGGAUUCCUUCCACUGCAGCCCCUUCAUUAUUCCAGAGUUGCCAUCUUCCUCAGCAUUCAUUACUGUGCAGGUGAAAGGGCCAACCCAGGAGUUCAUAAAGAGGAAGCCAAUGCACAUAUUAAAAGUAGAGAGCCUUGUCUUUGUCCAGACAGACAAACCCAUCUACAAACCAGGACAAACAGUGAAAUUCCGCAUUGUCUCUGUGGAUGUCAAUCUUCACCCUUUGAAUGAAACGUUCCCGGCAGUUUAUAUUGAGAAUCCCAAAAGGAACCGAAUUUUCCAAUGGCAAAGUCUCAGAUUGCAAGGGGGACUCACCCAGCUCUCUUUCCCACUCUCAGAGGAGCCCACUCUGGGUGCCUACAAGGUUCUGGUGCAGAAGGAGUCAGGGGGGAAAAUAGAGCACUCCUUUGAGGUGAAUGAAUAUGUUUUGCCCAAAUUUGAGGUCCAAGUGAAAAUGCCCAAGACUAUUGGUUUUCUAGAUGAAACAUUUGUGGUAUCUGCAUGUGGCCUAUACACAUAUGGAAAGCCUGUCCCUGGUCUGGUGACAAUUAAUGUAUGCAGAAAAUAUACACGAUUCUCUUCCACCUGCUAUGGAAAACACUCACAAAGUAUCUGUGAAGAAUUCAGUCAACAGGCAGACAGUAAAGGCUGUUUCACACAACUUGUCAAGACUAAAUUAUUUCAGCUGAGAUUAAAAGGAUAUGACAUGAAAUUAAAAGUGGAAGCCAAGGUCAGAGAAGAGGGAACAGGGCUGGAAUUAACUGGGCAUGGAUCAUGUGAAAUCACAAAUACCUUAAGCAAACUGGUAUUUACAAAAAUGGAUUCAUAUUAUAGACCUGGGAUCCCUAUCUUUGGGCAGGUUCUUCUAACUGAUGAGAAGGAUCAGCCAAUCCCCAAUAAAACUCUAGUUGUCCAUGUGGGUCUAAUGGAAUAUUCUCACUUUACUACUAAUGAGAAUGGUUUGGCGAACAUGUCCAUUGAUACCACCAACCUCACAUCUUCUAUGAUUAUAGUGAAGGUCACUUACAAACAGCAUAGCAACUGCUUUGAUAACUGGUGGCUUAAAGAAAUUCAUCCACAAGCACAGCACACUGUAAGACAUAUUUUUUCCCCAAGCAAGAGUUACAUUCACCUUGAAACUGUUGCUGAUACCAUAGCCUGUGGGAAAACCCAAGAGAUCCAGACACACUACAUCCUGAAUGGACACAUUCUGAAAGAUGAAAAGGAGUUAAACUUCUACUAUUUGAUUAAAGCAAGAGGAAGCAUCUCCCAAUCAGGAAUCCAUGUGUUGCCCAUUGAACAAGGGGACACGAAGGGGGUAUUUUCCUUCUCCUUUCGAGUGGAAUCAGACAUUGCACCUUCUGCCCAGUUGCUUAUUUAUACUGUUUUACCAAAUGGAGAAAUUGUUGCAGAUACACAGAAACUCAAAAUUAAAAACUGUUUUGCCAAUAAGGUAAAUUUGAGCUUCUCCUCAGCCAAGAGCCUGCCAGCUUCAGGUAUCAACCUGAAGGUCACAGCCACUCCUCAGUCCCUCUGUGCCCUUCGUGCAGUAGACCAGAGUAUGCUGCUAAUGAAGCCUGAAGCUGAGCUCUCGCCUCAAUCAGUCUAUAAUUUGUUACCAGUAAAGAAAGACUUUAAUGUUCAAUAUGAUGGUUUCAUGAAUGAAGACAUUGAAGGAUGCAUAAUUGCAGAAGACAUAAUUCACAACGGAAUUGUUUACACACCAAAGCGUAUCCUGGAUGAUGGUGAUGUUUACAGUAUCUUUGAGUCUGUAGGAUUAAAUAUUUUUACCAACUCAAAAAUCCACAAGCCACAUUUCUGUCAGCUGCUUCAGGAUUAUACAGAAUCAUCUAUGGACAGAGGAGCUCCUCGAGUCUCACGUGUAAGAUAUACUUCUGCACCUUACCCAAUGAUGAGAGAAAACCUUCCAGCUGAGGGAGUGAAAGAGACAGUCCGGAAUUACUUCCCUGAGACCUGGAUCUGGGACUUGGUGUCACUCGAUUCAUCAGGUAGCAGUGAGUUGGCAAUCAAGGUCCCUGAUACAAUCACGAAGUGGAAGGCCAGUGCACUCUGCUUGUCUGGAACAACAGGACUUGGCCUCUCCCCCAUCAUCUCUCUUCAAGUCUUCCAGCCCUUCUUCCUAGAACUCACUCUCCCUUACUCUGUGGUGCGAGGAGAAGCCUUUACACUCAAAGCCACUGUGUUCAACUAUUUGUCCCACUGCAUUCGGGUUAGCGUGGAGCUGGAGGACUCUCCUGCCUUCUUGGCUGUUCCAGUAGAGAAGAAUGAAGAAUCUCACUGCAUCUGUGGAAAUGGGCGGAAAACUGUGUCCUGGGCUGUGACCCUCAAGUCACUGGGGAAGGUGAAUUUCACAGCGACUGCGGAAGUCCUCCAGUCUCAGGAAUUGUGCGGCAAUGAGAUGCCUAAAGUCCCAAUGUUUGGACAGAAGGAUACUGUAAUCAAGCCCUUAUUGGUUGAGCCUGAAGGAAUAGAAAAGGAGGAAACUUUCAACACACUCCUCUGUGCACCAGAAACUGGAGUACCUGAAAAGUUGUCACUAAAAGUUCCUUCAAACGUGGUUGAAGGCUCUGCCAGAGCAACGUAUUCAGUUUUGGGUGAUAUACUAGGCUCUGCCAUGCAAAAUCUUCAGAAUCUUCUCCAGAUGCCCUAUGGUUGUGGAGAGCAGAAUAUGGUGCUUUUUGUCCCUAACAUCUAUGUUUUGAACUAUCUGAAUGAGACACGACAGCUGACAGAAAAUAUCAAGUCCAAAGCCAUCAGCCAUCUCAUCAGUGGGUACCAACGACAGUUGAAUUAUAAGCACAACGAUGGUUCAUACAGUACCUUUGGGGAUCGUGGUGGUACAAGUCAUGGAAACACUUGGCUCACUGCAUUUGUGCUUAAGGCCUUUUCUCAAGCCCGGUCACACAUCUUUGUGGAGGACUCACACAUCACGAAUUCCCUCACCUGGCUCUCACAGAAGCAAAAGGAAAAUGGCUGUUUUCAGCGCUCUGGAUCACUGCUAAACAAUGCUAUGAAGGGUGGAGUAGAUGAUGAGGUGACGCUCUCUGCCUACAUCACCAUUGCUCUGCUGGAGAUGCCACUGCCUGUCACUCACCCAAUGGUCCGCAAUGCUCUAUUCUGCUUGGAAAGGGCAUGGGAAUCCACUUCAGAAGCCCAAGGAAGUCUUGUCUAUACCAAGGCAUUGUUGGCCUAUGCCUUUGCCCUAGCAGGAAACCAGGCCAAGCGAAGUGAGCUGCUUCAAUCACUGGACAAAGAGGCUGUGAAAGAAGGAGACUCGAUCCACUGGCAACGUCCUGGGAAACUUCAAGAAGCUGAGGCAUUCUCUUAUCAACCCCGGGCUCCUUCUGCUGAAGUGGAGAUGACAUCCUACUUGCUCCUUGCCUAUCUUACCGCCCAGCCUGCCCCAUCUUCAGAAGACCUGUCCGUAGCUUCACGUAUUGUGAAGUGGAUCACCAAGCAACAAAACCCCACUGGAGGCUUCUCCUCCACUCAGGAUACGGUGGUAGCUCUUCAAGCCCUCUCCAAAUAUGGAGCAGCAACUUUCACUAAAAGGGAGAAAGCAGCUACAGUCACUGUCAAGUCUUCACAGACCUUCUCAGAAGAAUUUCAAGUAGACGACGCCAAUCGCCUAUUGCUGCAGGAGGUUGCAUUGCCAGAGAUUCCAGGGGAGUACAGCACAACAGUGUCAGGGUCAGGAUGUGUGUAUCUCCAGACAUCUCUGAGAUAUAACAUCCUGCCCAAGAAAGAAGGGAAAGUUCCCUUCGCUCUGAAUGUUGAUACUCUUCCCAAGAAUUGUAAUGGAGUAGCUGCUCAUAGGAAAUUCCAGAUUCACAUCAACAUUAGUUAUAUCGGAGAACGACCCAGCUCCAACAUGGUCAUUGUUGAUGUAAAGAUGGUGUCCGGCUUCAUACCUGUGAAACCAUCAGUGAAAAAGCUCCAAAAAACGCCUCAGAUUCAAAGGACUGAAGUGAGCACCAACCAUGUCCUGAUUUACUUCGAGGAGCUAACCAAACAAGCCUUGAGUUUCUCCUUCUCGGUGGAACAAGACAUCCAAGUAGAUAAUUUAAAACCAGCUUCAGUAAAAGCCUAUGAUUAUUAUGAGACAGAGGAGUUCACCAUUGAAGAGUACAGUGCUCCAUGCAGUGCUGAAUCUGAACAUGGAAAUGCUUGAAAAUGGAAACAUACGGGUCUUAUCAAAUGAAAUUCUCCAAAAACGAAGAACGAAGACUUAUCAGGAGAAAAGAU